AUGACGGAGUGGAGACUCCUCACGGGCCUGAGCGUGGCUCCUCCAGAACGUAGAGAACAUGCCAGCCGUUGCGCGGUGACCGUGACCAUGACCUUGAUGGUCAUGAUGACCAGCUGCAUCCCAAGGCAAAUCCAAUCACACGCUUUGAGUCUGUCAUCCGUCAUCACUAUCCGUCAUCCGGCGGCACACCCCAUUACCAUCGGCCCCCGCCAUCACCCCGUACAACCAAGCAAGGGCGAUGACUUUGGUUACUGGGCCUCUGAGUCACCGGGGCCCGUCAAACCAGCGAUCCCUGCGGUGUGCAAUAGCGUCAUGCCGCAUGGUGGCAAUGGCUGUGGGCUGUGGGCUGUGGGCUGGGAACAGCAGACACCAGAGACACCCAGACACCAAGAGAGAGAGGCAAUGGGUGUUCCUCAUUGGACCGGCUUCCCUUUGAGCCAUUAUUCUAUUCUGUCUUAA